UCGCGAGUAGGUAAACACAGAAGUGUUUUCUUUUCAAUUAUAAAUUUAUUAAAAUUCAUAAUUUCAUGUAAUUUAACAUCUCAUGUGUGUGUUCAUUAAAAUAUUACGGUAUAUGAUAUAACGUUGGUAAAAUAAUGCCGGUUUGUCGGAAACGGUGGAAUUUACAUGAUGGGCCUCAAGGUUCGCUGAGGAGACUCCGUAAUCAGCUAGCAGAGGAUGGAUGUGCUGAAUCGCAGGUUGUACUCGCUAAGCAGCUGUUGGAAGAAAAGUGCGAGUUAGAGGCAGAUAAGGUAUCAAACUUCAAACAGGCAUUGGAGUGGUUAAUAUGCGCGACUGAACAGGCACACCCUGAAGCCAGAAGAAUGUUGAGAAGGUGUAUCCGUAGCGGUGUAAUAGACGAAGACAGCGCCGCCAUCGUACGGGCCAAGUCCUGUCUGGCCGCGAGUCGGCAGGAAACAGUCGCUAGGAAAGCGGCUAGAGAUCUCUUCGCCAGUUUGUCAAACGGGGAACAGUAUAUAACCACAGCGCAGCUCGAGCGGCGCAUACGCGAGAUCUGCAGCACCACGCUCAGGAAGGAGGCCGACGAGGACUCGCCCGAUGACGACUCGCCAGAGGAGGCAAGAGCUCUGGGAGGCGAGCAAGCGUUGGAACCGUCGCAGCUGCAAGCCGGCGACCAAAUACAUACCAAUGGAACUCUCAGGCCCACGCAUACGCCCGACGAAGAUAAUUACCCACAGCCCAGCAGCUCCAACGAAGACAUUCGCAACCUCACUGUAGACAAUCUAGUUUCAGCCGCCGUAGACUAUUGCCAAGGCGAACUCCCUCUAGUCACAUACGAGUUAACGCUCACAGAUCCCAGUCUCAAAGCCUUAGAUCACAUUCCACUGUUCCAACAAGCCUAUUUACAUCCCAUAGUAUUCAUACAAGUCCUCUAUCUCAAACUACUUUAUUACUUCGCAACGUUUUCCUUCAGACUGUCGAAUAUCGAAUUGUCGCUUCUCCUCAUAGCGUAUCUCUCUGUCAGCACUGACAGCCUCUACCAUUUAGUACCUUUGAUAUUAUACUAUGUUAGCUUCGUCGCAAUGGUCAUCUGUACAUUCAAGAUGUUACACGCCAAAAGGCAGUUUAUUGACUUCAGAAAGUGGUCAGGUUUAUUCUUGAGGUACAGCGAAGGUAAUCUCCAACCUGAUGAAUCGGAGAAUCUUUUCGUUCGCAACAAUUUGGGGCCAUUUGUUCAGUUCUUCUUGGCGUUGUUCACGAAUUUGUUCCUAUACCCGUUCAUAGCGACUCAAUGGGUGCCGUUCUCGGAGUUCUGUGUUCUGUCCUUCUUUCUCAUGUUCCUCACUCUUUUCUCCUUCGGCACCAAUGGUAGUCCUUACCCGGAUAUCCUAGCUUUGGUUUCCUUCGCGAUCAAUGUGCUAGCGAAAUACCCGUACGAAAAAGACACUGUCGUCCACCAAGGCUGGCGAUUUUUGGACUUGCACAUAUCCAAUUAUCCGUCGUAUAUUCUCGGGAAUAGCAUCGAGUUUUGCUUGAACGCCCGCGUUUUCUUUUCGCUAUUAAUACCGAUGAUUUUGGUCGUUAUGGCGAAGCGGAGUCAUUGGCAAGGCUUCUUCAAGUACGCGAUGCCCCAUUGUGUCACUUUAAGUUGGUUGCAAAUGUUUAUUAUGUGUUCGCAUGGAUGUACAACUUAUGGGCUUAUAAGGGGCACUUUGGCUCUUGUUUGUUCAUUCCUAUUCUUGCCACUAUUAGGAAUAGUGACUGUAUCGUUGCCUGUUAUCGCGUUCUUACAAUACAUAACUUUGUCAAGAGUUUUGUAUACCGCUUCGAUUGUCGUUGGAUUCCUUUUGAGUCUCUUUGUUAGUUGUCUGUUGGCCAAGUCUGAAGUCACGAAGAAAUUCGUCACACCUUUUCAGCUCGCAAUCGGCCUGUUUACUCUAGUCUACUUCGGCAAUCAGUUCAUAUCGAACGUUCAAGACGACGGCUUACCUUCAGGCCUCUUAGAACUUAUAGGCGAAGAGAAAUCCAGCAUAAAGAACUUACUCAAAAACGAAUUUUUAACCGACUAUGACGACAACACUUACCAUAUAAAUUGGGAGGAUUACUACAGCCAAUGCAACUCCCCAUCUUGGGCGGAUUAUAACACUGCGCAAACGCAAAUUAAAUGCUCGGUGCUUGAAGGUGCCAACGUAAAUUGGGAGGGUUACAUCAAAGACGUAAAGAUAAAGAACGUCGUGAACAGAUGGAAUUACUUCGCUUCCUGGCUACCCGGCUUCUUGAAGGAGUACUUCAAGUGUUAUUACGGCGAGGAAUAUUCGAAUUUAUGCAAUGGAGCGCAAGGUUUAGAUUCAAAAGAGUGCGAGUUUGUGCGAAGCGUGGCUAGACAAAGCGGUAAAAGUUGCCACCUUCACAACUUGGACGAGUAUACUUACGAAGUGAAACUGCUCUUAGAAGCCGGAGGUGGCAUAUUGAAGCGAAAAGCAGAAACCACACUUAUUUUCGACCACUACUUCACAAAUUUCACACGCCUGCUCAGAUCAGACGAUAAAAUCAGAUUUAAAGGUGUACUAAUCAACGACCAAGACGAAUACAAUAUAGGAAGCAAAGACAUGACAAUCAGGGGGCAUGAAAUACAUUGCGUGGACUGCAAAGAAGCAAGCGGUACUAUCACAACUAAAGCGCCUCAAACGACGAAAUUCUCAGACUUGUUUAGAACGAUAUUGAACGACUGCUCAGUAUCAACCAAGUAUAUACUUAAUUUCCUGUUAAAUCCAGUGAUAGUAUUCAAAUAGAUGAUCUAAAUAUUAUAUUUAUGCCAUUGUGAAAUUAUAUGCGUGUGUUGUAUGCAGAAGGUGUGUGUGAUUGUUUUAAUUAUUUAACCGAUAUGUAAUAAAAAUGGAGGUUAUCCAUUUUACUUUUUUCGUUAAAAGAGGUAAAAAUUACUCGGGUAACGGAAAUUUAAGCUGAAAUUUAUUAGUCAAUUUGAGGCUUAAAAUGACAAAUAUUAUGAAUUUGCUAACUCAUUCCGUUUACUAUUUAGAGACCUGUGACAUACAGACAGAC